AUGUUCAAUCUCAAGUAUACAGGAACUGACCUUCACAUCCUGAAGGGAGACGUGGCGACAUGUAGUGAAGGUCGAAUUCUCGGUCACGAAGGUAUCGGAAUCGUUCAGUCUGUCGGUUCAGCCGUCCAGUCCUUCAAACCCCAGGACAAAGUCGUCGUGUGUUGCAUCACAUCCUGCGGUUUCUGCAAAUAUUGUCGCAAGGGUAUGACAGGGCGCUGUUCUGACGGGGGAUGGGUUCUUGGGAACACCAUCGACGGGACGCAAGCCGAGUGUGUGAGGAUUCCCCACGCGGACGGAAGUCUGCACAAGUGUGUCAAGAAUGCUACCGAUGAGGACCAGGUUUUGAUCAGCGACGUGUUGCCCACUGGAUACGAAUGUGGUGUUUUGAACGGUGAUGUUCAGCCUGGCCGUACGGUUGCCGUUAUCGGAUCUGGGCCAGUCGGUCUCGGAGCAGUUAUAACGGCUCAGCUGUACUCUCCCUCACGACUCAUCGUGAUUGACUUGGACGCUAAUCGCCUCGAGACCGCCAAACGCCUUGGCGCCACGGAUGUCAUCGUUUCUGGCCCCAAUACUGUUAAAGAGGUAUUAGCCCUCACUGAAGGUGAAGGCGUUGAUACCGUCAUCGAAGCCGUUGGUGUGCCCGAGACUAUCGAGCUCUGCCAAGAACUCGUUGCAGUUGGUGGAACGAUCGCCAACAUGGGGGUGCAUGGUCGUAAGGCUGACCUGCAUCUUGAGAGGUUGUGGUCUCAUGACAUAACCCUAAGAACACGGGUUGUCGAUGCUACGACUACACCUAUGCUUAUCAAGUUGCUGGAUGCAGGUAAACUGAACACUACAGGUCUCGUCACUCAUACCUUCGAAUUCAAGGAUAUGGAGAACGCCUAUAAAACAUUUGCAGCGGCAGCGAAGCAUAAUGCGAUGAAGGUGUUGAUUGAAUUUUGA